CGCUCUCAUUAUCACAAUCUUAUUGGCACUAUCACCCGAGACACGCCAAUUUUGGGGACCAUCGCGUCGGCCGUGGGGAGGGCCCAUGCAUCCGCCUUGGAUAGGAUCACCAAGGAUGGGGCCGCCAUGGAUGCGUUCAUCAGGAGUGGGACCACCAUGGGCAGGGCCAAUGGGACCACCACGCAUGGGGCCUAUGGGACCAUCACCCAUGGGGCGCAUGGGACCACCACGCAUGGGGCCUAUGGGAGCACCACGCAUGGGACCUAUGGGACCACCACGCAUGGGGCCUAUGGGACCACCACGCAUGAGGCCUAUGGGACCACCACGCAUCGGGCCUAUGGGACCACCACGCAUGGGGCCUAUGGGACCAUUCAUGGGGCGCAUGGGACCACCACGUAUGGGGCGUAUGGGACCACUACGGAUGCCCUAUCCCCCACCAUGGAUGCUUCGUCCGCUUCAGGACCAUGAGUAUCUUGAAACUACUGGCAAACCUGAUGAUACGGAGAACGGAAAAACCUCGGAUAAAAAAGUUGUGUCUAUCCACGAAGAAAACAAG